AAUGACGCAUGCGCAUUCCGUUCUGUGAUCUUUGGACAUGGACAUGGCGCUAAAUUUUUAAGUGUAAACAUACAGGUUUUCAGCCAUAGUGACAACUAGAAGUUUACAUAUUGCAGACUUUGAUGACUGUACUACAAUGGCUGCGAGUGUGGAAGCACUGCAAAGUCCACCCAGGAAGAGAGCGAGGUUAUCACUGAAGCUUGUGAGAAAAGACCAACAGACCAGCAAGGUCAGCGCACCUCUUAGUGAAGAACAAGAAGAGACCAGAGAUGAACAACCAAAAUAUGAAGCAACCGAUGGUGUAGCACCUACUUACAGUGAACCGCCAUCGUCCACCAUUCCAAGCGAGUAUAUGAUAAGCGUAGCUCCGUAUACCGGUCUGCAUAACCUGGGCAACACCUGCUAUCUCAACAGUGUGCUGCAAGUUCUAAGGUAUUGUCCAAGCUUUAGCGAGAAUCUGGCAAGACUUUCCGGGUUGGUUUCAGACAAACUCCAGAAGAAAGAUGAAGAAGAAAAGGACGAUACUGCUGUUGAGGAUGAGAGGAGUAGGCGGAGAAGAGUUGAGUUCUUAGGACAGCUUAAAUUGGUUCAAGCAAUGAAUAAAUUGUUCAACACCAUGUCUGAGAAGGAGCAAUCUUACUUGAAGCAGAUGAUGCCAGCUGGUCAGGAAUUAGCUAUGUAUCCUGAAGAAAUCUUGGAAGCUAUCAGGGAAUUGAACUCAAUGUUCAAAGGCUAUCUACAGCAUGAUGCCCAGGAGCUUCUCUGUUGCAUCCUCAGUAACGUCCAAGAGGCUUGCCAGCGACUUGGUGACCUCCAGGAUAACAAAGAGAACCAGACUAAUCAGGCUGCGGUCAUGGAUGUACCUUCGGGAACCUGCCUGAAAGCUGUGAGAAAGCUUGAUAUGGGCGGAGCUGGUGAUGGUUUGACGGAGAAAGAGUCUGGAAGACUGUUGGGAGGAGGUAGACCCCUCGGUGGAGGUAGGCCUAGGAGCGAAAAGACAUUGAGUGAAAAGAAGUUGGAUUAUAAAGGGCUUGGUAAUGAUACUCUUGUGACUCACCAGGACAACGGCAUUGGUGAUCAUCCUAAUGGGUAUAGUGAUGGAAAUGUUGAACACAUUAAACUAUGCAAUGGUAACAUCACAGGCACUCUGAAAAAGUCUGAGACAGUCAACAGGGUGGUCGUGGGUCACCACGGAGGGAUUUCCCCAAGUAAUGACUCUGUGCGGAGACGAGGGGGGAGGAAGAGCGCCUUGACCAACGGACACUUAUCAGGGAUAGAGUGCAAUGGGAUGAAUGGUAGCCUUCCGGAGACGAAUGGAUCGGGAGACGGCGGAAGCUGUAAGAAGAAGCGUCUUGGGAUCGGUCGCCUUGCAUUGCAGCAAUAUUCCCUGGGCAAGUUUGGCAUCGUCAAGAAAGACAAAGCACCACCGGUUGAACAACGUACACCAGAUGAUGCAUCUCACCAUCAUGGUGCUGAACUUGAUUUGGCCGAGGCUUCGAAGGAAGCGCGUGAAGUUGGAAUAUUUGCUUCCAGGAAUGUGACCGCUAAUAACUCCAAUGACCCUGAUAAGUCUGUGGAUACACCCAAAGCUUCUCCGAAAGUGGAGGAUGAUUCGGAGACAGUCGAAAGACUGCAAGGAGAGCAUUCACCACCAGCCACCCAAGACAAGGAAACGUCAACAAAGCUGGAAGAAUGUACCGUCCCCGAGCCACCAACGACCAACUGCGCCCAAACAGCAGUGGUGGAAGGAGUUGGAGACCAGGGUGGGGCAGUGGAGAGUGCAGGUGUUGCGCCUUUGCUGGGUGAGAUGAAGGUGAUCGAGAGGCUCUUUCAGGGUACCCUUGUACUCCAGACACGCUGCCUGGAGUGUGAAUCCUGCUCGGAGAAGAGGGAAGAUUUCCAGGAUGUCAGCGUUCCAGUUCAGAGUAUCCCUGCCUUCACUAGUGAAGAAGAACAAGGAGAACAUGCCCCAGAUGUCAACCCUCGUAACCUGUCUCUGAGCUGGGCGUUGUCCGAGUUCACCAGUGUUGAGAGACUGACGGAUGAUAACAAGUACUUCUGUGAGCAUUGUUUUCAUCUGACCGAAGCCGAGAGAUCUGUUCUCUUUGGGAGGCUACCCGGUGUGCUUAUCAUCCAGCUGAAGAGAUUCAGUGCUUUCAUCAACUGUUUCUCUCCUGGAGGAUCCGUGUCAAAGGUCAACGACCAUCUGGCCAUCCCGUUGACCCUGAGUCUAGCCAAGUGGUGUUCUGGAUCUUGUCAGCAGAGGAACACGCCCUAUGAGCUCUGUGCAGUGGUCGCUCACAGUGGGUCAUCUAGCUCCAGCGGUCAUUACAUCGCCUAUGCUCGGGUACCUCAAAAAAAUGCAGAAUCCCAAUCUUGUGAUGCCGACUCCGGAGCCCAAGAUCAGUGUCCCAUGAAGGAGUCCUGGGCUAAGUUUGACGAUGACAGAGUUCAGGUCCUGUCCGACGAGGAGUUUGAAUCCCUGGUGAAUCCUCUGCAGGGCAACGACUCGGCUGCUACUCCUUACCUUCUGCUCUACAAAGAUACCCGUCAGAUCGCAAGAUGAAAUUAUGGAGAUAUUUGAAUUUUUUUCUUGUUUCUUUAUGAUUAUUAUACAUAAUAAUAGAUAGGCUGCAGAUGACAUACCUCACCUGAACCCUAUAGAGGAAGUGUGGGAGUUCAGCUUUCUUUUAUUUAUGUUUUUUGUUUAUUUUUUUUACUUUAAUCAUUUUGUGAAUUAUUCUAUAAAAGUAAACAUUAUGGCAAAGUUUAUAGAGCGGUUUUUCAGCUCUGUUUAUCUUUGGUUACUCUCAUCCAUGCUCUUGUAGCUGAAAAAUGUUUUGCAAAAGACCAAAUUGAACUUCCUUCAUUCUUUAAAAAAUAUGUGAUGAAAUAUACUAUUAAAUGUUGAAUUGAAAUGAAUUUAUUUAUUCUCCAAAAAGUUUUUCAAUAAUAAUAAUAUUAAAACAUGAGAUUUGUAUAGCGCACUUUCCAUCUUGAGUAGAUGCUCAAGGUGAUUCAGAGCAGAGCAACAAAAAAACAAAACAAAUUACAUAUAAAACACGUUUGAAUAAUAGGUCAGUGUCAAAAGCACUCUGAUACAGGUAUGUUUUCAGGUUGCCCCUGAAGUGUAGUAAUAAUUAUACUUGCUUAUAUAUUGCUUAACUCUUACUCUAUCAGAAGUCUCUAAGUGCUCCACAGAAAUGCACUGGCUUUAGCAUUUCAUAUUUUAUACGCACUGCGUUGAAAGGAAUAAGUUCCUGCGAGAUAAGUGCAGCACAUUGUGGAUCAAAUGCUUGUUGAAGGAAGUUAAGCCACAGCUGGGACUCGAACCCAGAACCCUCUGUUUCAGAGUCCGGAGUCUGACCUCACUGGGCCACAAUGAGGGGGCCACAAUUAUGCCAUAGAUAAAGUGUCGAAAUUUGAGGUAUGAAAUGAUAUUUGAACGUUUUUACCUUGUUGGUUGUUUCAAUUGUUCAAUGAGUGGAUUUUCAGGGUCCUCUUCUCAUAUCGUUGUGUCGUUGCAAGAACGCCCUUAGCACCACACUUACGUGCAUUGCAUGCAUGCAGAAACGCACAAGGGCAUUGCAUAAGGGCGCUUCUGCCUUGACGCUACGUUAUUUGCCUAGGGUAGCCUCUUCAGCUAUUUAGCUAGUCUUCAAGCGGGCACUGCAUAACAUAUAUUAUUUCCCUAAAAAGAUCCAUCGGAUAGACAUGAGAAACUGUUCUUUCAUCGAUUAUCAAGAAAUUUCACCUGUAUUGGUUAGCUUUCACUUGCGAGGCUGCAAGCUUCGUCAGACCUUUGCCGUAGCUGCGGAUGUUGCUUGGGCAGCAUGAUGAAGUGUUAGAAUGGGAUUUAAAUCAUUGUAUGUGUAGGAAAGAGCAUGUUGUCCUAGGGGAUGGGAUGGUCCCGUACCGCACAGAUGUGUAUAGCCUCUUUAAUCCAUCUGGUAGACUCGGCAUUAUCGCUUGCGAGUUUGGAACUUUCCAAAAAGGGGUAAUAUUUAAAGAGCGUGUUGUCCUAGGAAAUGGGGUGGUUCUGUUCUGCACAAAUGUGUAUACCUUCUGUAGUCCAUCUGGUAGACUUGUCCCAAAUCAGAACCGCAAUGCUUUAUGGGAUCGAAAAGGAGGCAACCAAGCUAGCUCCGCUCACGAAGGACAGUGUGCGUGCGCAGAGCUAGCUUUUCGAUCCCAUAAUGCAUUGCAGUUCUGAUUAGCGAUAAACCUUAUCGCUUGCGAGUCUGGAACUUUCCAAAAACGGGUUUUAUUUCUUGAUUGUGGAAGAAAAAAUAUUUUCUUAUAGCAUAUUAUCGUUACCCCUCUCCAUUUUAAUUUGCCAACAUUACUCAGCCUGGGAUUGAACCCACGUCCUUCCAUUUAUGAGGCAGGGGACGUUACCUCUGAACCACGUUUCCAGAUCUUUGUUAUUAGUAGGAAUAUCCUCAGCUGAAAAAGGUUACAAGUUUUUACCAUUUCUAAUAAAACUGGUUCCGAAUUUAAAUUUGAAUGAAAUUUUAUUAUAUUAUUAUUUGUUUGGUGUCACCUGUGCCUGGGUGGCGAAAAGCGAACUAAAUCACUCUCCUCCUGAUAUAACUGAUUGGGGGGAAUGCAGGUGGACCACUACACCAGGGUUUCCCCCUACUCUUAUACGAAUAGGGCCUCCAUUUAACGUCCUAUGUCAUUAAUUUUUAUCUGAUGUGAAUCCCAGCCUUGUAUGUUGCAUGUUGAAUUUAUAUUGAUGAAAUGAAGUAUGAGACUUUGUUACAGCCGUUAGGCUGCACACCACAUUCCAACAUACAUAACAUUCCUGAUUUUUUUUCCUGUAGCAAAGAGUGACAUACUUUUUGACAAGAGGAAACUCUUUAACAUUCCAAGAGGAAAUUUGUCUUAUCCUUUUUUUUUCAAAUACAAAAAAAAACUCAGUCUAAAAAAUGAGUAAAGUGUAUAAAUCUGUGACCUAGGGAGCAAUUCAUGAAAAUAGUCUGAUUUUCCAUAUUUUGCUCUGAACUAAUAAUAGAUGCAAGGAUGUCAGUAGCCAUUUAAGUCGGUGUAAAUUACUAUUUCAUGGAAUGCUCCACUGUUCUUUGGCUACUUAGGUGGAAUAAGAUUUUCAUGUUUGAUUUUGGA